AGCUGGUGGUUUGCAGGUAAACACUGGGUAACCGUUGGUAACGGAAUGUAACAGUGUUCGGCAUGGCUCCGAAAUGGACAGCAAAAAAGAACAAUUUGCCAACAAAUGUUCCUGAUCGUAAGAUGUUUCCACUCUACUGGUCCCCAGACAGACUUGGAAAUGAAUUUCCCCCAAUAAGAGGAACACCAAAUUGUGGACCUGGCCGCUAUGACACCUAUCUUACAAAUAGUUUUGUUGAUAACUUAGAAAGGAAACCAGAGAGUAAAAUGGGCUAUGCACUAGGAGCAAGAACGUCAGUUCGAUUUCUGCCGAAGCUGACUGUAUCACCUGGCCCUGCAGUAUAUCAGAGAAGAUUGGGAAGGGAUCGGACUUUCAAGCCAUCCAGUGUUCCAUUUGGUUCUUCAACUGCAAGUAGAAGACAGAGUUCAUUGAAUAAAUUGGUGGUUCCUGGUCCUGGUACAUAUCAGCCUAAUGAACAAAGGAACCAACAUGUAACAUGGCCAAUGAAAUUUGGUGCUCCAGACUGGAAUUUGGUUCCAGCUCCCCAAAAACGAACUUUGAGAAUUGAGCUUGCCAGUGACAAAGAAUUUCGGAAACACAGGAACAGAGUGGCAUAUUUCAGCUUGUACUUCUGAUAAUUUCAGAGCCUAGAAUAUUAAAUAUAAUUCUAAUCCCUCAGAGUGCCAUUCACCACCAUGCCAAAAUACGAUGCGCUAUCUUUUAAGUGUACGAAUAUUAAGGAUGGAGUAAUUCAUAUAAAUGUGUGAUUUGUGCCAUUUUAAUAUCUUACUCUGUAAUUAUGUGCUUGUGUCAUGCAUCUCA